UUGUACUUAAAUGUACUAUCUAUUAUUUAAUAAAAUACUACUUGUGGAAGUUUGUAAUUUAGACAUUUUUAAUCCAGACUGUAUUUAUUUUUCUGUAUUGUUAAAUGAAAUUACGGAGUUAUACAGUGCCUUCCCCAUAAUUAAUGAAUAACUACUACACCUUUAGAAAUGAAAAACAGAGCUUGCCAAUUUCGGUUAGGCUUGUUUUGUCAGACCAAGUUGCUUGUUUCUUCUGAGAUCUGGCAACAAUGCUGCCGGCGCGCGAGUCAAAGCGCGAGACUUUGCAGAGCAGCAGAGACGCGGAUAGAGCGAACGGCGCGCGUUGUAUCCAUGGACUACAUGAAUAUCUCGUUUCUUGUCACCAACGUUUCUGUGUUUGUUGCAAUAGACUUUUACCGAUUACUGCCACUUACCUUCUUUCAAUGCCCUAAACGGGUUUUGUUUCUUGUUUUUCUUGUCGGACUGUAAUUCAUUGGGUAAGUAAGUGCUGGUGGACAUCCCCACUGUUGUUUCAGGACUGGGACAUCAUAUUUUCGUGAACAUUUUGGAUAUUAGAUGAGCGAAAAGUUCUGGACCUUUCAUUUUGGACGCCAGAGGCGCGUUCUUAGUAGGACACAACUUAAACACUUUUGUCCGCCGAAAAAAAAUGAAUUAUUUGUACCGAGUGGAUGUUAAUUUUUCUCAACGGGAGUAAAAAUACAACUCCAAGUCCUUGACAGAAAUGCUAAUGCUGCGGUUGAUGGAGAAACAUUUCUAGAAAAUCACCCGCAGUGGACCUGGCGCCCCGCAUCAGUCUGCGUGCGCUUCAAAACAUUUAACUUCACUCCAUGUACAAUCAUAAUAUUGUUUGAAAUUCAUCCCAAAUCAGAUUCAUACAUUGACCAUAUGGCUUUGCCUUCUCAAAUUUGACAAUUACUUGGGACUUUCAGUUGAGGUCAUUGACUCCUUUGAAUGGAACAAAGGAGGUUGAUGUUUCUGAAUCUGCUUUCUUUUACAAACAUUCAGAGAUUUGUUCUCCGAGUCUUUCAGAUGUGGAUGUUGCGGUCACACCAUCUCCUCAAGCUCAGAGGGAUCUAGUGAAGUUCAGCCCUCCACCAGUCUUUUGUCUCUAUUAGGUCCCAUUCAUUUGUCUUGUAGGAGGAACAUGGGAGUCCAGACAAGGGGAGCCUGGAUGGCUAUGGCGUUCUCAGACUGGGUCAGUGGAUUGGGAAUUCUCUUAAUCUUCCUGAUGGAGAGUUUAGCAGUGGAUGCGACCAACAUGGAGCCAGUCUACUGGAACUCUUUGAACAGAAGGUUUGGAGAUGAGAGGGGAUACAUACUCUACCCUCAAAUAGGGGAUCGUUUGGAUCUCGUUUGUCCUGCCACGAGUCCAUCGGGGCCGAACUCUCCUCCUGAGUAUGAGUAUUAUAAACUGUACCUGGUGUCCUCACGAGAGCAGGCCGACAGGUGUGAGGUGAUGGGCGCCCCGAACCUGUUGCUCACCUGCGACAAACCCAACAGCGAUAUGAGGUUUACCAUCAAGUUCCAGGAGUAUUCGCCCAACCUGUGGGGUCACGAAUUCAAGAACUUACGAGACUAUUACAUCAUAGCUACCUCUGACGGAACAAAAGAAGGGAUCGACAGCAUGAGAGGAGGCGUUUGUGUGACGCGAGGGAUGAAGCUGGUUCUCAAAGUGGGACAGACUGCAUAUGGCCUUCCCCCAAAACCCAAACCUGAUCCAGGCCGUCCCAGCAACAGAAUCCCAGAUACAGAAAGUGGCUCUAAAGCAGGUGAUGGAGGUGAGGCCGGAGAGAGGGGAGACAGCGGCACCGUGUCCGUCUCUAACAUCGCCCUAAUCGCCGGCGGUGCUGGGGGAGCCUUCAUCCUCCUGAUCACCGUAGUGAUCGCUGUCGUGUGUUACCGGCGACGGAAAGCCAAGCACGCCGAAACUCACCACCCAGCCCUUACGCUCUCCUCUCUUACCCCAAAGAGAGGUAGCUCCUGCGGGGCGGCUACGGGGGCUGGCGGGGGCAACAAUAAUGGCUCAGAGCCCAGUGAUAUCAUCAUUCCCCUGCGGACCUCUGACUCGGCGUACUGCCCCCAUUACGAAAAAGUCAGCGGCGAUUACGGACACCCCGUCUACAUCGUUCAAGAGAUGCCUCCUCAGAGUCCAUCCAAUAUUUACUACAAAGUAUGAGAUCAGCGAACACGCAGACAACCCGUCCAGAAUUUAUGGUACCACACACACAUGCGCUGUGUGUCCAAGUGACUCUAUAUUUAAGAGCCUAUACGCGAUACUAGAACUUGGAUGUGAAGUUGAGUUCUAGGAAAGUGGUUAAUCCAGCUUUUAUGUCAUAGCAUUUAUUUACAAGUGUGUUUGUGUGUGUGUGUGUGUGUGUGUGUGUGUGUGUGUGUCUGAGGCGGGUGGAUCACGGAUUUCACAUGUACUCAGGUGCAAGUGAAUGUACGUCACACACUUGUUGGAGAUGAGUUUACACGUCCAUUCUGAUGGUUGAAAUUGAGUUAUUGUGCUUAUCCUCAAAACCAAACAGUAGAGAGUGAUUCAUAAAAAAGAAUACCUGUAUAAAUAAUAUAAGUAGUUCUUACAUUUUUACCCUCUGGGGGGAAAUUCACUAAGAAAGUGCACUGGCUGAUUGCGUCGUUUAUUUGCACAUGCAUUGUUUUAGUGGUCUAUUCACUCAAUGAAAACAAUAAAAACAUGCCCAAAAGAUCUAAACACCAUCUCCACGCCACAAUUCGCCACCUGCGGACUGGUGCAAUCUGCUGUACUUUACUGGGACUGUACAGUAUCGAUAAGAUCUAGAAAUCUAGAUUCUUUAAAAUGCCAAAAACGGUUUUGACUAGAUAUGUUUCCAUUUCAAAAGCUUUUUUCAUUAUUUGAUCAUCAUUUGAUGAAUUAACGUUGCCAUUGUCACUAUAUAUUUUACACAAUCAUCUUUUUUAAAUAUUAGCUCAUUCGCGUCUUUUUAGGCGGUUUUGGAUACCAGAUGUCUUCUGACAGGAUCUGGUGAAGAUACCGAAUUCAGUAUUCCUUGCGCUUUGGAACAAUCUAAAAAAUUUUAGUGUAGUUGGCAGAAUCAAGAUUUUUUGGCUUAGUUGGAUCUAUUAUAGAAUGUUUGUGCAUUCUAAAAUAAGGCUUGUUUGUGCGGAAAAGGAAAAAAUUAUGUAAUAAUUCAAUGAAAUUUUUUAAACACUAUUCACUAAGCACUUGUUAAACUGGAUUGUGGGUGGCUAGUGAAUGAGACUCUGUGUGUACCGGGCGCAAAAGUAGUGCAACUGUUUAGUGAAUUCACCCUCUUUAUUUUGUUUUUCUCAGUUCAUCUGAUUGUAAAUGUCUGUCUUUUCUGAACUCGGACCUCCAUCUGAUUUAUUUAUUAAGCAUCAAAGAAACAGUUUUUCAUUCCUUCCACUUCAUCAGCUUCCUAUCGCAACUCCUCAGCGCCUGCUUGUUUGUUUUUGAGGUUUUUUAAACAUUUUUAUGUGAGCAGCAGGAUUCGCAUGUGGAGGAGGUGUGGACGGAUGAUCGACCGUUUCAGAUGGAGACUCUUCUGAGAUUUCCAAGAGGUUGGAGGUCAAAGUUAAGUGGUCAAAGAAAAACCCCUCAGCGCAGCACGGGAGUCCUCUCGUGAUGAUUUGAGGGCUUCUCGCUCUUUGCCCGGCCUUUUGAAGUACUGUAUACGCCAUGAUAAACUGCUCACUUACCCUAGACACACAAUGCCAAAUUAUACACACUUAACACGCAUAUCCACAUUACAGCAGUUUGUGUUUUCAUGUGUUAACCACCCCCCCAGAUGGACUCCAGCUGUGCAUUGGUAUGUUGCUCAGAGCAUUGUGGUUCAGGCCGAAGACAGUAGGACUAAGACAGCCAAUGCCACUGUGCAUCUAAAUGAACUCAAUCACAAACUCUCCACAUCCUCUUGAGUGUUACACAUAUUCGUUGCUUGGUUACAAUCGCGUCUCGACUCUCGUUAUCACAUUUCGGGCAAUGUCUCCAAACCAUCUCUGACAUUAUCACCCUGUGCCAGCUUGAGGCUUCAGGUCCAAGGUUCACCUGAGUUAUUUCACUGGAUGAGACAUGACAUCAACAUGAGAUGUAAGAAGAGACAGUAUGUUACCGGCCGGAGUGACCUGAGCUUUCUGGUUCAGACUUCUCUCUGUCCGUGUUGAUUUAAGGAUUUCUUGCUGCCAUUACCACAAAUGACUAACAACCAGAAAUGGCACCUUUAUCAUUUUACUUAUUUCUGUGAAUGUAUUUUUUUUAUGUUUUUGUUCUUCCCAUUUCAUUACUUUCGACAGUGUUAAUUCGUUUGUAGAUUGAGCAAAUGAGAGUAAUCUAAAUGAAGGAAAAACAAAUGCAGUUUUAUCCAACCUACCCUGCUUGUGUCUGUGGUAACCUUCGAUGGUAACUAGCAUUGGGAACUGUAAGGAAUUAUCAAUUGUGGUUCUGAUUCCCCUUAACUGCGCCAUUGACUAUUCUUUCAGUACUUCUGAAAAAAAGACAUUUGGGAGGGUGGGGAAAUAAGAGAUGUGAUUUUUAUUGCAUUUACUGUCCUUAUCAGUCUGUUGCCAAAUGAUGGACUUUUCACAGAGUUUUUAAUGGUGACAUAAAUUGAAUCCAAUAAUUAGUCCUAACUGUGUAUUAAAUAAAAACUAAACAUCAAAAAAGUGGUAAGAUUUUCCAUUUUCAUAUUUUUAACAUCAUUAAUUUGUUUUUAUAAAAUACAACCAAUUACAAAAACACAAUGUGUAUCUUUAUCUGCACAUUGUCAUAUGAAUAUUGAGUCGGGAACCACACUGAGUUGUCACACAAGCCUUAAGAUGAAAAUAACAUACGUAAGCGAGUCAUUUGUUUGGGAAUCAGACUACACUGGUCAUCCUGUAUGUGUUUAAAUCACUUAAGGCAUAAAAUCUUCGAAAGACAUUGAUUUUUAGUAGCAAGUAAAUUGAAUAUCUACGAGCAGAACUUUAUUCAGCUUUGUUUUUGAGUUAUGUUUGCGAAAUAACUGAUACUUGUUAAUUCUGAAUGGACGGGAUAUUUUUUCACUGCAUAUACUGUAUUUUCCAGAUUUUUUUUUUUUCUGGUGCACAACCAUUUACAACGGCUGCAUCCGAAAUCGCAUAUUCUCUUGAGUAGGUACUUAUUUUGAAUAAGUAAUUACUUCGACCACUAAAAAAGUGUGUUCUAUGUAGUAUGAAUGUCAACUUGAUGUACUACAUACAUGAAAGUUGCUUUGCCUCACUGCCAUUCACAAAUCUUCCCCCGUGGCCUCAUGGGAGAGUGUCCAUCGUAUACACGCUUCAGAAUCUUGCCGGAAGUAGCAGGUCAUCCGGGUACUUUUUCCCUACUGUUUUAUGAGUAUUGUGAAUUUGUCCCAUACUCUUUUUCACCUAUUAUAUAGUAGGAAAUUAUCCGAUUUUGGAUGCAGCCAGAGACUGUUGUGUCAUUAUUUGAAUGAGUUUUUAUACUGUGGUAUUCAAGAGAGAUGCAUUUCUGAACUACUGACUCCUGCAAUCCUGAAGGAACCAUUGUCAGGCUUUUUCAUACUUUUUUUUUUGGUGUUUCUUUGUAAAUGUAUAAUUUCUCCUUCACACCAGCAUCAUGUGAUAUACUCUGCUGCCUAAAUUUGAAAAGAUGUAAAUCACUCCCUCGGCUAGCCAGGCCAUGGGUUAGGCCGGAUUUAGUUUUUUCUUUGUCCAGCUUCUCUGUUUAGCAAAGGCGAGCCAUCUGGCCUGGUUAAUGUUGACCUAAGCCACCCAAAGCAUUUCAAUACCUACCAAAAAAUUCCAAUAGUAACCACACAAUGACACCAAACCCUGUUUUAGCAUUUUACAUUUUACAUAGUCAUUCAGUACUGAUUGUUACACUUUUAUUUGUUUACAUUUGUCAGCUAAUCUAAAUUCAUAAUUUGAAAUGCCUUGAUACUGAGUUGUGAUAAAGACUGUUUCUAACUAACUCCACAGUAUAAACAAUGCUGAUUUCAAGAGGACAUUUUCAGUGUUUUAAAAAUCCAGAUGUACUGGACAGGAGUUGAUGUACGGACUAUGUUAUAAAAACACUGAGACAAUGUUAAAUAAAUGUUAAUAUGUUUAAAAGAUGUUGAGAUUAGACGUUGGGGUAAAACUGUUUGGUGCACCUGUUCCCUUACUCUCUUUUUCUUUUUCUCUCUUUCCAACCCAGACACUCUAUCAAAUAAACAGUACAUUCCAUGCAGUAAA